AUGUUGUUUUUCUUUUCCAAGUCGAGCAAAAGCAAGAGGAGAUCUAUGGCAGAGCUUCCGUUCGGGUGGGAGAAAGUUGAAGAUCCUCAUUACGGAGUAUAUUACAUUGACCAUGUUAACAGACGGACCCAGUAUGAGAACCCUUUGAACACACUCACCAAGGAUCCCACGGGUGCUGAGGUGACCAAUACUUUUCCACGGCACAAGAAAACUUCAGAGACUGGUACCAAAAGGUCAGCUAGUGAGAAUAACAUGCACGGACAACUGUCUUCUACAACAG